GUCUUUUCCGGGAAACCGAAGAAGCGACGUGUGGGAAGGUGUUGCUUGAGGAAAGGCGAAAAUGGCGUUGUGGGUGCGGGACCUGCUGGCUUCUGGAGCGCAGCCGGUACCUCUGCCGGCCGAAGAUCGAUCGGUUUGUGGUUUACUCCGCGCUCGUUGCCGGGUACAGGUAAAAAAAAUGGGCUCGUGUGAAAGAAGCGGGUGGGGCUUGGUCCCUAUGUGAGGGGCAAAAUGAGAUCCCUCGGGGUUGCUUGUGGUUGGGGGCGCGGGAGCUGAGGGCACCCCGCUGGAAUUGUUAGACUGCCCUCGCCACCCUCAGUUAGCGUGAUUAGUUGCUCGGGGUGGUGGUAGUUGUAGUCCCAAAAGCACCUGGAGGCAAGGGGCUACCCAGCUUAGCUUGACAUAAUUCCCUUUUGCGUUAAAAGCUGGGUAGGGGGCCAAGGAGAAGGGAUUUGGUGCCUUUCCUUACGUAGCGAAAGCAUCGUGCUAUCUCAGGUCGCACGGACAUAACAGAAUCUUGCACUUUCUUGACUAAUUUAGAACUAGGGUUCAUCCUAGCUGACACUCACCGAAAACAAUGACUGUGAAGCCGUUGGGGAAAGUGAGAAAGUCCCUCAGUGGUGUUUUUGACAGACAUUGUCAAGUACGGCAUGGCAGUUAAGAGAUUAUUAAUGGGGCUGAUGUUAACUGAUUUGGGAAAUUAUUUGAGGUGUACAGUAUAUAUAAUUCAACACAUUCAAAGUAGAUGUGUUUUCUGUUGUUGUUGUUGUUGUUUUGCCCCCUCCCAAGAGCUUGGGCAGGUAACAGCAUUAAAAGUAUAACAAAAUGGUACAUGAUAAAAAGACUAAAGUCCCCCUGUUAAAUCCAAAGUCCUCUUGACCAAAGAUAGUUUUACAGCUCAUUUAGAAAGUAUACAGAUUCUGGUGAAUGGAGUUUCACAGUUCUGUGACUUGGAAGCAUUUCUUAUAAGCAUUCAUAGUUUCUUUCUUUUUGUCUUAUCUAUUACAGAAUCUUUCCAAAUUUUAAUAGUGGCACUACCAAUUUGUGACUCAGUAGGAUGUGACUCAUAUUGUGUUCUGUGCUGCACAUAUUUGUAUACAUUUACUUCACCAAGUAUUGGAUCUUUACAUAGAGAAGGAACCAGAUCUCUUACCCAUCUUUUCACCAGCAUACAGUUUUAAAUAACUUAUUGGAAAAUAAUCUAAUUGCCAGUUACUACAUAUUAAACUGUUGUAGCAUUUCAACCUACAGUAUAUGUUUAAUUCUUUCUGACUUGUUUUUAUUUAGGGUCUUCCUGAAGAACACUUCUAUAUAAAGUGUAAUGGUCGACUUGUUAAUUCUGAAGAUGUGCUACACGAAGGAGCUGUUUACAGCCUGGAACCAAGACUGUGUGGUGGAAAAGGAGGUGGGUUCACGGUUGCAACUUUGUGCUAAAUAAUUAGAAUACUGUGUAACUCUGAAAGUGGAAAUUAUAAUAUGUUUCUUUCAUUGCAAGGAGCUUGUAAAUGUAGCUAUGAACCAAGCCUGGUUUCUCAAGCUUUCCCAGAAUGAGCUGCUUUCUGCCAACCUUAAAGUGUUUAACCUUCCCUGUGUGUAACUGAGCUAAGAGUAAUUCUAUGCAAGCACAAAACAUUUUCUUAACUACAUAGAUGCAAAAUAAACUUACCCGUAUUUUUCGCUCUAUAACACGCACCCGACCAUAACACGCACGUAGUUUUUAGAGGAGGAAAAUCCGUAGGCAUGCCACCCGUAGGCAUUUCCUCCAUAACACGCACAGACAUUUCCCCUUACUUUCUAGGAGGAAAAAAGUGAGUGUUAUGGUGCAAAAAAUAUGGUAGUGAAAAAUCCUUAACAUAGAUCUAUCUUAAAUUUCUGCAUGUAGCAGUGGGAAGAAGACAAAUAUAAAUACAAAAAGGUGAGAUCACAGUCUUGAUGAGCCUUUCCCAACCUGGUGUCAACCUGUUUCGGACUACACCUUCCAUCAGCUUCAGCAUUUGGUUGGAAAAGGCUGAUUUUGAGUAGGCAUCCUUGCAGUUUAACAUUCCAUUACCAAAUAAUCUUGCUAUAGUGUUCUCUUAUUCUUACCGUUAUGCUGCUGACAGCUUGUAAUUCCCUCCUAGGUUUUGGAUCUAUGCUCCGAGCGCUUGGUGCUCAAAUUGAGAAGACAACAAAUCGAGAAGCUUGCAGAGAUCUUAGUGGAAGGAGACUUCGAGAUGUUAACCAUGAAAAAGCGUGAGUCAUUUAUUUCUCACAGAAAAUUCCUCUCCACAGAAAUGCAGACUAGUAAAUUUUUUUGCAGGCUAGUAGCUUUUGUGUGCUUAUUUACAAGGUUGGUUAAAGCAGUUAGCCCCUUCAGACGCCCUUAUUACAUUAUAUAUAAGGAGGUGAGCAACACAUGUAGAAUUGCAGAACAAAUGCUUGGAGUGAGCCUGAGAUAAGUAUUGUGGGAUUUUUAUUUCUGCUGAAGUUUGAUUGGUCUGGCUUGAACUUUGGUUUUAAUUGCUAAUUUUACAUAUUUCUUCUCUUGUGAAGGGCAAACUAGAAAUAUGCUACUUAAAAUAACUUUCAUGGACAAAGCAUGUAUUUACCCUUCCUGGCUUUCUCUGCAGUAGUUAAACAUCUGGAGGAUUUUUAUUUUCCUUUCUGGUGUCUCAUUGACAGUGACCCCUGCCAAACCCCAUCAAUUAAUAAAGACAAGAGUAAUUUUUUAUGUGUUUUGGAAGGAAGCACAUGAAGAUGUUUUCUUGUGUUUUGUAGGAAGAUGGUGUUUUUAACACUCACAGCUUUUCACGCAGCACAUGGUUUAACUAGGGAACUCAUUCCCAGUAGUGGCCACCAACUUGGAUGACUUUGAAUGAAGAUUAGACAAACUCAUGGAAGGCAAGGCUACUAGGCAUGAUGGCUGUGCUCUUCCCCCACAGUCAGAGGCAGCACUGCUUCUGAAUAAAAGUUGCUGGAAACCACAGGAGGGAAAGAGUGCUCCUGUGCUUGAAUCCUGCUUGCGGGUUUCUCACAAGCAUCUGGUUGGCCACUGUGAGAACAGGAUGGUGAACUACAUGGACCAUUGGCCUGAUCUCCUUACAUUCUUAAUUGCAGGUGGGCAAACUCAUGCCCAGCUUGCAGGCUUCCCACAGAUAUCUGGCCAGCCACUGCAAGAACUGGGUGCUGGACUAGAUAGCUGUUAGUCUGAUCAGCAGACUAAUCCUCUGUUCUGUUCCACCUGGAGCUUUUCCUCCCAGCAGUAGGCGGAAAGAGUGCUUGAUCUGAAACUAUCAAGCCAAUGGCAGAGUGGACACAUGAAAGUGCAUGUAGUGUCAUGUGGUUUCUUCUCUCUUAACAGAAUGGCUGAAUGGGUGAAGCAGCAAGCGGAACGUGAAGCGGACAAGGAGCAAAGGCGUGUGGAAAGACUGAAGCGUAAACUUGCGGAGCCGAAACACUUUUUCACGAACCCAGACUACCAGCAGCAAUGUCACGAGAUGGCAGAAAGGCUGGAGGAUUCCGUUCUCAAAGGUAGCACAAAGAGCAUCAUUGGUUGUUAUGCUGGAUUACAUAUCUCAAUUGGGCCCUUAAUUAGUUGCAGCUAAAUAGCCUGUCAUUAUGAUGGUCUGGUGUUGAAGCGUGUGCCUGUGUGUUUGUGUAUUUGCCUUGAAUUUUCAAACUCUGGGGUGGACAGCUCUCUCCUUGAAUAGAAAGUUUUCUUCUGUUAUAGGUGGGACUAUGAUCCAAAGGUGUCUCUCACUCUGCUUACUGGAUGCUCUUGUGGGCAGAAGAGAAAAGAGAAUGUCAGUGAUUCUCCUCUUCUCCUGAAGCUUCCAUUCUACAUCCCUCACUGUCCCAGGGGAGGAGAAGGGUUUGCCCAACCCUCCAAAGCAGAUUUUCAGUGGGUGGAAUGUGGGGUUGCCGAAAUGUGCCUCCUUCCUCUUCUGCCUGCAUCAGCAUCCAGUUUGUGGAGUUCUGCUGAAGGCAAGUCUAGGUCCGCUUUCCCGUCUCUGACCUCUCAUGAUCACUACCUUUCAGUGACUGAGCUGCUCUGUUACAGUGGCUCUGACCAUGCAGGUAUUGCCAUGGUGUCCUCCUUGCUGUCACUGGAUUAGCUGCUUCGGAAUCAUCGCGACUUGCAAGACUUAACCUGCAGGCAUACAGAACAGUUUGUAGAACCUUAUGAGUUUGAACUAUGGGGUCUGUGAACAAUCUAAGUGAAAUUGAAACCUCUUAUUUGUGGCAGUCCUCUGCGGGCCUUGGAAUGGCACCUCGGCAUGCAGAUUGGUUCAAUGAUAUCAUUGCCUUGUGAUGAAAACAACAGUGAAUGCUCGUAAAUAUGAAUAGGCUUGUUAAGAUUUCGUUUUGGAAAAUGGUUGUUGAAAAUUAAAUUCCUUGGUGUUUAUUUUGAUAGUUGGAUUUUGAUAAAUUUUAAAAGGCUGCUGAGAUAAUUUAGUGGAACAUUCCCCCUCCCCAUUACUCUGUGGAAGAGCAAUAAAAUGCAAAGCAAAGGGGAUUUUCAAAUUAUUGAUUUUGUUAUAUUUCUAUCCCACCUUUUCUCCGAAGGAUUCAAGGUACACAGUUCUCCCCCUCUCCAUUUUAUCAUUGCAGCAACCUUCUGGGGCAGGUUAGGCUGAGAAAUGGUAAUUGGCCCAGCAUCAUCCAGUGAGAUUAAUGGUUCAGUGGGGAUUUGAACCCUGGUCACCCAGGUUCAAAUUCAACACUAACCACUAUUGUUUGCUAUCAUCUGCACUGAGUACUGGUGAUGCCUUAAAUAACAUUGCCAGAGCUGAAAAGUAAGCUAAAUGAAACUCUGAUUUAGUGGGAAAUUAGAGAUGAAUAGAAAUUGUGCUUUCAUUCCUUAAUUCUCAUACCUGUUUUUUUAUUAUGUCAUUGUCUGUGUUUGAUUUGAAAUGCCAGGGAUUAAAUGGAGAAGGAAGAGUUGACUGAUUUUGCUCCUUUUCAGGCAUGCAAGCGUCUUCUAGCACAAUGGUCUCGCCAGAGAGCAGUGAGAGCCGGAAACGGCCAGCUGAUUCUGAAAAGGGAGCCACGUCUGAGAAGAAGAAGUGCUUUUGGUGAGCAUUACAGUUUGAUCCUUCUAACUAGAUGAGAAGGUGCGUGAAUAAAGAUUGUAAGGAAAAGGAACAGAAUUGCUUCCUUUAAAAGGAAGCAGGUGGCCUUAAAUACAGUGGCAUGGAUCCUAAGAACCAUAAGCACUGAUCUGCUCGUUAAAUUAGGUUUCUCACUGCCUCUGCUUGCAAGUAAUCCAUUGGAUCCAAAUUAAUAAUCCUCUACAACAGCUCAGCACGUUGAACCCUUUAAGUUCACUGCAGAAUGCAGCAGAUAAACUAGAAGGCGGCUUAUUAUAGCAAUAUUCUGUGUAAGUAUUCAAGAUGGCAGAGCUCCAUGGUUUCAGCAGAGUAAUUGAAUGAGCCCCUUGGAAUUGGGUGGGAAUAGUGUGUUGGAGGGUUUGUGCCUGUUUGGGCGCUUAUGGUCUCCGAUUUUCUACUCUACUUUUAGAAAGACUUGCCCUUUUGAUACCAUUACCGUGAUGUUUGGUGACUUCUAUGGAAUUUUAGUACUUCAAGAGCUUCACUGGAAUUGGUCUUGCAUUAAUUCCAUUGGUAGGGCCGGCCCUACUUGGUUGCCUCAGGUGACAGAUGUUGAGGAGGUAGUGAGUGGGUUUGUGUCCCAUGCAGCCUAUUCUUCACCCUGUAAGCUAGCCUGCUGCCUUCAGGUACAGUGAAGGAUGCUGAAGUAAAAUCCAGUUGUAUAUGAAAUUGGGUAGGAAAAUGUGUUCUUCAUUGCCAGAACUUUUCAUAGUUGUUGGGGCAAAAGGCUUUUGGGCAAAUUGCCAAACCUCUGUGCUUUGCUGACGCUAUUUGUAAAAACACACACUUUUAAAAAAUGGAUUUUCAUUGAUUGUGGUAGGUUGGGGGUGGAAGGCUUGGAGGACCCUGACAGUUCACAAGACAGCAGUAGCAGUGAAGAUGACGACUCACCUGGCACAUCAGGAAGUUGCACAGUGUCAUCCGGCAACCAUGUGAAGAUGGUGGAAAGUACAGAACAGUGUCCCAACAGUUCUGAAGAUUCUAGAAGCUGCUCUUCAGCCUCUGACGCAGCUGAGAAUUUGCAGGAAGAAGGGAAGCGUGCUAGAAAGGAUCUGGUAGAGGAUCCACCUAUCACUGAAGCUGCAGCUGUCGAGAAACAUGAAACAGCCAGGACAACAAAGGACAGAGAUCAGGCGCAUGCCUCAGAUACGCAGGAACCUGUGAGCCAGUUACAGAGCACAGUAAGUAUGAUGCUUAUUAUGUCUGACUAGAAGUUUAUUUAUAUAUAAAUAUAUAUAUUGAAAUGCAACUGAAAUGCAGUUGAAAUGCAACUUGCUACCAUUCCCCAUAGCUUAUAUUUUCACUCACAAUGUGAUGAUUGCAAUGUCACGUCUCAUCCUUCCAGAUACAUUUUUGGGAGUGGGAGGGUAGGAUGGUGGUGGCUAUUGUUAUCUAUCUAUCUAUCUAUCUAUCUAUCUAUCUAUCAAUCAAUCAAUCAGUAGAUUCUACUGACCUACACACACACACACACACACUCAGCUGGGCCCUGAGAAAAAUGCUGUCCCAUUUACUGGGCUGCUCUGGUCCAUGGGGUCAUGAAGAGUCAGACAUGACUAAAUGACUAAACAACAACAACAACUCUUAACCAUAGAUCGGGGUGGAGAAAGUGUGGCUCUCCAGAAGUUGCUGGGCUGCAACUCCCAUUGGCUGGAGCUAACAACAUCUGACAACAUCAUCUAGCAACAUCUGGAGGGCCAUAGGUUGCCCAACCCUGCCACAGAACCUCUUUGGUUAAAUUGAAACAUAUAUAUACAGGAUUUUGGAGUCCUAUAAGGAUGCUCCUAUAACUUAAACUCAACACGCACCGUGUUAGAUGACUGCAAUAUCCCAGAUUGAAAACAUGUCGUUGUUUUUUCCUUUUCCUUUUUGCUGAAAAGCUUUUUGUCUCUUCGGGUAUUCAUGACACACGUUUAAAACACUGCCUGUUUCCCUUUGUUUUUUGUUAGGAGACUUCAACAAUAGAUCUUUUGGAAUUCAACUCUGUUGCCGAACUGGAAGCCAUAGGACUAGACAAGCUGAAGUUUGAGCUGACGGCUUUGGGACUGAAAUGUGGGGGCACCCUGCAGGAAAGAGCAGCGCGGCUUUUCUCAGUGAGGGGUCUGCUGAGAGAUCAGAUAGAUCCUGCUUUGUUUGCUAAGCCUUCAAAAGGGAAAAAGAAAUAAUUUUUAAAACUGUGUUUUUUUUAUUUUUCGAGAUUCUUCAUAUUCUGCUGUUUUUGUAUAGUGAUCUCUUUUCCAGGAAAGAAGAGGCAAAUUUGUUCAAUCUUUAAAUACAGUUCUUAUAUGAGUAACUGGGGGGGGGGGGAGCGAAAGUUUUUGCCUGCUGACUCAUUGUUGCCUUCUUGAUUUUUGUGCAAGUCCUGAUAGCUUUUGCACAACAAGAUCAUAGCAAGAUGCUAUGUUUGUUUUUGUUUUUUUACGUUGAAGCCUGUUUGCUAAGAGUAGUGAGUGGCAAAUGUUUUAAAUGCUAUAAAGUCGUUUAAAAAUAAAAAUAAAAUUCUAAGCAUGGCAUUGGGUGAUACAGAAGAAAAUGAAUGAUAGGAAAGAAAUGCUGUAUGUGGUUGUAUGAAUAGUUAAUAAAAGCCAAAGCUACGGACUGGGGGUUGAAUCUUCUCAAACCUGAUUUUGUCUUUGCGACUGGUGUUUUUAAUGCAAUACUUGUUGCAAGGAUACCGACAAACAUGUGAGAGCUGUUACUCAUCAACCCGGGGCAGCGUGCCCUUCCAGGCAACAUCUAUUAUAGCAGCAAGCCCAUUUUGGGAACAAACAUUGUUUAGAUGUUUUUCACAAGCCAACGCUGAGGUUUGAGUUAACUGCUGACGAACACCAGAUAUGCCAAGGCCUACUAAUUUCAUAAAUAAAACCUUAAUUCAUCUGUAAGUAGAAAUAGGCAAAGUGGUGUACUUCCUUCUGUGAAAAUUAUCCAUGGGCUAAAUGACUUGCAUAACCAUAGCUUAACCGUUCAUCCAUUCUCCCUCCUCUAAUCUCUUUUCUCUACCAUUUAUUUUAAGAAACACACAAGGAAGCUUCAUCUACACCAAUAAAUCAUAUAAAAUACAAGUGCAUUUGCCAUUUAUUAAUAGAUUCCACUUACAUCCUGCCUGCCUUCUACCAAACCCAAAGAGGUGGCCUCCUAUCCAGGCACAGACCAACCCCUCCUUUUUAUAAUUAUUGCCUUAGCUGGAUAGGAAGUGAUCUCUCACCUGCUGCCCAUGCCACCUUUAAUAUAACACUUCUCACUUUUGCACUGCUCCAAACCCUUUCUAUGGCCUCUGGAAUUUCCUGGCUUUAAGCAAGGUUUCUUUCUAAUGUUGUUAAAGUUCAUAGCAGGUGCUAGGACUGUCACGAGAAGGGUUUCCCUCAAAAAAAUGUCCUGAUGCACAGCUUAAAUCUAAUGAUAUCUGCUGAAAUCUGCAUUUUGCACAGGUAUAAUCUAAAGACUUCCAUUUUCAUCCAGCAAGGCUGAUAUGAGGGGAAGAGGGGAGCCUCUGUAUGCCUUGCUAUAUGGGAAACUACUUGUGUAAACAGGUACAUUUCCUGCAGUUCCAGGGCUGGGACCUCCCAUCAGGAGUUUGGGACCGCUGUCUACACUACUACUUUAUUUGUAUAAGCUUAGACUGCCCAAUUACAAUUAAUGAUUGUCUUUACAGGUGUGGUUCCCAAAGAGAUGGACUCUGAGAGCAAAAUUCCCCAUUAGCUUUUCAGCGCUCUAGCCAGCCAGCAAUGAACCUCCAAAGAAUGCCAUGAAAAUAUAUUUCUGUUACUGAAGUCUCGGGCUUGCAAGAGCCCUGCUGUCAAGUAUAAUGUUUAAUUGAGUACUUUUGCUGAAUAUAGAGUGGGAAGGACUGAGAGGUGGUUUUCUAUGGCGAAGAGGCCAGCUCUUUCCUCCCAGCCACUGCUAAUAAUGCAAGGAUUAUUAUGCCCAGAGUGGUUACUUGCUCUGUGGGUGUGAUUGGAAGCUGGAUCGCUCCCUAUCACUGUUUCCAGAGCCCCUGAAAAUAUUCAUGUCCUCUUAUUAGAUCAUUGGAAGGCAAGUUGUUAUUUAAUUACCGGUAGUUUUUAUUAAAUAUUCUUGUGUAACAAGACAAAUAAAUAAAAGUGUCUCCAUUCUCAA